AUGCCAGCUGCCGCUGCCGCUAAGAACAACCAGAGCGAAAUCCAAAGUAAGAAGAUGACUAUUGUCUCCACUAUCCCCUCCGAGGUUGAGAACAAGAAGGCCAAGGAAAUCGUUACCAAGCUCGCUGCUGCUUCCGAUGCUGAUCGUGAAGCUGUUGCCGCUGAACUUGCUGCCCACGUUAAGGCUAACGGUGUUCUUGCUCUUAAGCCUGUCCUUGAACAACUCAAGAAGGAUAUUGCCCACAAGAAGAACGCUGGUACUCGUGCUGGUGCUGUUGCUGCUAUCGUUGCUCUUACCAACGAAAACCUCAACCACCAAACUGAACCCUACGUUAUCCCCUUCGUUGCUAACCUCUUGGAACUCCAAGCUGAUAAGCAAACCGCUAUCAAGGAAGCCGCUGAAAAGGCUGCCAAGAACAUCGUUGAGAAGAUCAACCCUACUGCUAACCCCUUGUUGGUUCCUUUCAUCCUUGAAGGUCUCGGUAACUCCUGCAAGUGGCAAACCAAGAUGCUCUCUCUUGAGCUUUUGGAACUCCUCGCUAAGACCUACAAGACUGACUUUAUCGUUGCUAUUCCUGACGUUGUUCCCGUCGUCUCUGACUGUAUGUGGGAUACUAAGGCUGAUGUUAAGAAGAAGGCUACUGAAUCUAUGGGUGUUAUCUGUUCUCUUGUUAACAACAAGGAUAUCGAACGUUUCAUUCCUGCUGUUAUUCAAUGUAUCAACCACCCCGAAAACGUCCCCGAAACCAUUCACUUGCUCGGUGCCACUACUUUCGUCCAAGAAGUUGACUCUGCCACUCUCUCCAUCAUGGUUCCUCUUUUGAACCGUGGUUUGAACGAACGUGCUACUCCCAUCAAGCGUAAGUCUGCCUUGAUUAUUGACAAUAUGUCCAAGCUUGUCGAUGAUCCCGAUGUUGCUGCUCCUUUCUUGCCCGUUCUCUUGCCCGCUCUUGAACACGUUCAAGAUAUUGUUGCUGACCCCGAAUGUCGUGGUGUCGUCCAAAAGGCUCUUGCUACCCUUCAACGUCUCAAGAACCCCGGUACUGAAGUCUUCACCAAGGAACAAAAGAAGGCUAAGGUUGAAUCCUCCAUCAAGGAACUCUUGCCCGAAAACAUGGAUGAAUUCUUCAACACCACUGUUCAAUUCAUGAACGAUGUUGCCCUCACUCUCUGUGUUUCUAAGAACUUUUUCAAGGACGUCUGGACCCAAUCUCUUGCUCCCUAUGCCAAGACUUUCAUCUCUGCUGAAGAUGCCAACAACUUGGCCUUCUCUGCUUUGAACAAGUGUGAGGAAGCUGUUACUCCCAAGGAUCCCGAAGAAGAAGAUGAUGAAGGUGAAGAUCUCUGUAACUGUGAGUUCUCUCUUGCUUAUGGUGCCAAGAUCUUGUUGAACAGAACUGCUCUUCGUCUUAAGCGUGGUCGUCGUUACGGUCUCUGUGGUGCCAACGGUUGUGGUAAGUCCACCCUUAUGCGUGCCAUCGCCAAUGAGCAAGUCGAAGGUUUCCCCCCUCGUUCUGAACUUAAGACUGUCUACGUCGAACACGAUAUCGAUGGUUCUGAAGCCGAUACUCCCCUUGUUGAUUUCAUCCUUGCUUCCGAAGGUGUUGAAACCAAGGACCCUGAACAAGUCCGUAAGAUCCUUUUGGAAUACGGUUUCUCUGAAGCCAUGGUUACCAAGAUGGCUAUUGGUGAACUUUCUGGUGGUUGGAAGAUGAAGCUUGCUCUUGCUCGUGCUAUGUUGAUGAACGCCGAUAUUCUCUUGCUUGACGAACCUACUAACCACUUGGAUGUUGUUAACGUUGCCUGGUUGGAAAACUACCUCUUGGGUCUUAAGACUGUUACCUCCAUCAUUGUCUCUCACGACUCUGGUUUCUUGGAUCACGUCUGUUCCGAUAUCAUUCACUACGAACCCAACUACAAGCUCAAGCGUUACGGUGGUAACUUGUCCGAAUUUGUUAAGAAGGUUCCUCGUGCUGCUUCUUACUACUCUCUUGAAGCUUCUCAAAUCUCCUUCAAGUUCCCUGAACCCGGGUUCCUCGAAGGUAUCAAGACUAAGGAACGUGCUAUUCUUAAGAUGAAGAACGUUGACUUCCAAUACCCUGGUUCUGACCGUAAGCAACUCAUUGACAUCUCCAUGCAAUGUUCUCUUGCUUCUCGUGUUGCUGUCAUUGGUCCCAACGGUGCCGGUAAGUCCACCUUGAUCAAGUUGUUGACUGGUGAAAUCGAAUCCGAAGUCGGUACCGUCUGGAAGCACCCUAACUUGCGUAUUGCUUACGUUGCCCAACACGCUUUCCACCACAUUGAAAAGCACUUGGACUCUACCCCUAACGAAUACAUCCAAUGGCGUUACGCUACUGGUGAAGAUCGUGAAGAACUUGAUAAGAACGACCGUAUGAACGCCGAAUCCAACAAGAAGGUUAUGGAACAAGUUUUCAUCAUUGAUGGUGAGAAGCGUGUUGUUGAAGAACUCGUUGGUCGUCGUAAGCUCAAGCAAUCUUACGAAUACGAAGUUUCUUGGGUCGGUCGUUCUUCUGUUGACAACACCUGGAUCUCUCGUCAAAAGCUUGAAGAUAUGGGUUUCGGUAAGAAGAUUGCCGAAGUCGACUCUGCUGAAGCUGCCAAGAUGGGUCUUAACCGUCCCUUGACUGCUAAGGAAAUCGAAAAGCACUUGGCUGAAGUUGGUCUUGAACCCGAAUUUGCCACUCACUCCCGUAUCCGUGGUCUUUCUGGUGGUCAAAAGGUCAAGCUUGUCAUUGGUGCUGCCAUGUGGAACAAGCCUCACAUGUUGGUUCUUGACGAACCUACUAACUAUUUGGAUCGUGAAUCUCUCGGUGCCUUGGCUAUGGCUAUCAAGGAAUUCGGUGGUGGUGUCGUUAUUGUUACUCACAACCGUGAAUUCACUGAAGCUCUCUGUAACGAAGUCUGGAUGGUUGAUGCCGGUCGUUUAACUCCUUCUGGUCACAACUGGGUCUCUGGUAACGGUUCUACCGCUAUCAAGGAACAAGAACAAGAAGAUAUGGUUGAUGCCCAAGGUAACACCAUCAAGGCCGUUGAAAAGAAGAAGAAGUUGACUUCUAAGGAACUCCGUAAGAAGAAGAAGGAGCGUAUGGAACGUCGUAAGCGUGGUGAAGAAGUCUACACUACCGAUGAAGAAUUAUAA